GGCAUAAGUGUAGAGCAUAACUGGAUCAAAAAUGGCGUACUUUCUGGAAAAAAUUACAGGAAUAAUAUCAGAUCCAUAUUCUGUAAAGCAGAUCCCUGAUAUGGGAGAAUACCAGAGAUCAAAUAUGGCCGACUCCCAUGGUAUACUUGCACUACACAAAGUGAACCAAUAUUUUGAUUUGGUUCUGUUCCCUGAUUCUAAAGCAAGCCAGCGAUUAAUUUUCAGGCUGUUCCAUUUACCACUAUCCAAGAAAAAAGAAGCACUUUCUGUGUUCGAGAAAUAUAAAGAAAAAUUGCUGCCUAUUUUACAAUCUACUGAAAAAGAAUUUUCGGUAUCCAUAAUUUCUAAGCUGUGCAACAUGAUUCGAAAUAAUAAUAUUCGCUCGCCAAUGCAUAUAGUGGUGGAAGCAGGGUUAAGUGAUGUUAAAAUGAAAGAGGGCCCAAUGAACCAAUGGUUAAACAGUCAGUCCUGUGAAAAUCAUUCCACACCCUUAAACCUUGCUUGUGAGCUGAAACUUAAACUGGUUGUAGAAAAAUUGGUUGAAGCAGGUGCAGUUCUGAACAAAGCAGAUGAUUAUGGAAAUAAUCCGUUCCAUAUUGCUGUUUUAAUGGAUUUAAAAGAGAUAUUACAGAUUCUGUGCACGGUAGAAUCUGGUGUGGCUUUAAAUACUUUAAAUAAAGAAGAAAUGACACCGUUACAUAUUGCUUGCAGGGCGAAAAAAUUACACCUUUGUAAAAUAUUACUUCAAAAUAAAGCUGAUCCAUUUGUGGUGGGAAAAUUAGGCCUUCCGAUACAUUAUGCUUUAAAGUACAGUUCCAAUGAGAUUGUGGAAUUGUUGCUGAAAGAUUACCCAUCUCUUGUUACAAUGCAAUGUGCCAAACAUGGUGGGUUACCAUUACAUUGGUGCAAGUCUCAAGAUGCGGUUAAUCUUCUUUUGGAGUAUAAGUCGCCAGUUGAGGUCCGGAGCUGGGCUAUGCAUCUUCCACUUCAUGUCAUGGUGAUUAGAGGGAGAUUGGAGGCAGCAGUGGUCCUCAUUCUUGCUGAUGCAGAUGUGAAUGGUAAAGGGCAGAAUGGUAAUACAGCUUUGCACUUGGCUGUGAGCGGGGACCAUGUUAUGCUUGUUAAAAUGCUGCUGCUUUUUGGGGCAAGCUGCCUGCUUGAGAAUGACUUUGGAGAAACACCAGGGCUACUUGCUAUGAGGAGUAUGAAGCAAAAUAAAGAUACUAUCAUGGACAUGUUGUCUUGUAUGGGCGGCCUUCUGCAUAAAACUCCUACGCCUUCUGUGAACAAUAAUAAGGCUACAUUUCAGAAGAGAAAUUCAGAAAAUUUUGAUCGAAAAUUAAAAGUUCUUUGCCUAGAUGGUGGUGGUGUACGCGGCCUUGUACUGUCCCAAAUAUUAAUGGCAAUUGAGCGCGAGACUGGGAAGCAAUGCCGAGAUUUAUUUGACUGGAUAUCAGGUACUAGUACUGGUGGAUUUCUCGCUAUGGCUCUGCUGAUGGGCAAAAGUGCAAUUGAGGCGCAACGACUGUAUUUUCGGUUUAAAGAUAAAGUUUUUGUCGGAUCAAGACCAUACAACUCAGAACCUAUGGAGGAUUUCUUAAAAAAGGAGUUUGGAGAAGACACGACUAUGGAAUCUUUGCAGCAUGGUCCAAGACUGUUGAUCACUGCUGCCUUAGCUGAUCGUAAACCAAUUCAUUUGCAUUUGUUUCGAAACUACAACUUGACUGACCCUAUUUCAAAAAGUUUAAAGACUAAAUCUUUUUCGAAAAAGUUGAGUGAUGCGGAAAUGAAGAAAUUGACAUGUGAUGCGACUUCGUCGCUCAAACAACUGCUUUGGGAGGCCGCAAGAAGCAGUGGUGCAGCACCCACCUAUUUUCGCCCCAUGGGUCCAUAUUUAGAUGGGGGGUUAGUUGCAAAUAACCCAACGCUUGAUACAUUGACAGAAAUACACAAAUAUAACAAGGAGCUUGUUCGAACAGGUGCUGGAGAUUAUAAAAAAAUUGGAUUGGUUUUGUCAAUUGGAACGGGGCAAAUGAAAACAACAACAGCCAGAUCCCUGGAUCUAAACUGGUCAAGCAGCCCAAUAGCCUUGAUGAACACGGCAUUGGCUGGAUCUGAGUUGGCUCAAAUGAUGGUUGAUGUAUGUUGUCAAAGCAAUGAUUAUGUUGUAGAAAGGGCCAAGGCCUGGUGUGAAACUAUGGAUGCAAGUUACUUUAGACUUAACCCAUUUAUGGAAGAUGAGGUACAACUCAAUGAAACAAAUGAUGAAAUACUUCUUAACUUAUUAUGGGAUACACAGGUGUAUCUGCAAGAAAACAAGCAUCUUAUUGAAGAGAUAGUUGCUUUACUUUGAAUUACACUGUCAAACUUUAAUUUUUAUUUCUUACAAAAGUUUCUGUUACGCAUUUCUCUAACCUUUAUUACAUAAUGUUUAAAGUUUAACAACAUAAUCAAACCUCAUUUUUAGUUUAUAUUAAUUACACUUUGUGAUGCAUUUUUAUUUUUCACAGUCCGUCAACUGGAGCUUAUUCAUUUUUAUUUGUUUGUACUUUAUUUAACCACUGUUUUACAAACGUCAAUUCAAUUUUUGGAAAUAUUUCUCUGUUUUGCUGUGUAUGGAAAAUC